AGUAGAUCCCCUAAACGACUUCUUCAAGUGAUCAAAUUCCCCCCUCACCCCCACCCCUCGUGACUCAUACUUCUCCUCCGAUCUGAAACUCUUCGGUCUGUCUGAAUUCGGAUAGGGAGAGGGAGAGAGAGAGAGCGAGAGAGCUAGUCUGUAGGUUAUUGCCUCGAGACUCCAGAGGAACAAUGGUGACCUUCAUCAAGCUGGACGAUUCCCCUAUGUUUCUGAAGCAGAUGCAUUCUCUAGAACAGACAGCUGAUGAGUUGAAAGAUCGCUGCCAAAGUCUAUAUAAGGGUUCUAAGAAGCUUAUAGCAGCUCUUGGAGAAGAAUUUAAUGGAGAAACUGCCUUUGCAGAUUCAUUAGAAGCAUUUGGUGGUGGCCAGGAUGAUCCUAUUAGCACAUCCAUAGGAGGUCCGGUCAUAUCCAAGUUUAUAACUGCAUUUCGGGAGCUUGCUACUCAUAAAGAGUUUCUUCGUUCUCAAGUAGAGCAUGUCUUGAUUGAUCGCCUCAUGCACUUUAUGACUGUUGAUCUAGAAGAUGCAAAGGAGUCCCGUCGAUGCUUUGACAAAGCUGUAGAUGGUUAUGAUCAGGCACGGGAAAAGUUUGUGUCUUUGAAGAAAAAUACAAGAGGAGACAUUGUUGCAGAACUAGAAGAGGAUCUACAGAACUCAAAGUCAGCAUUUGAGAGGAGCCGUUUCAAUCUAGUAAAUUCCCUUAUGAAUAUUGAAGCAAAGAAGAAAUACAAGUUCUUGGAAUCUAUAAGUGCAAUGAUGGAUGCUCAUCUGAGAUAUUUUAAGCUGGGAUAUGAAUUACUGAGCCAAAUGGAACCAUUUAUUCACCAGGUGUUAACAUACGCACAACAUGCUAAAGAAAUGGCCAAUGUGGAACAAGAUAAACUUGCAAAAAGGAUUCAGGAAUACAGGAUACAAACUGAGCUGGAGAGUAUACGAGCUUCAAGUAACAUGGAGCAUUCAGUAGGUACCAAUAGCAUUCUUGCUGUUGGUAUGAGCUCCUACAGAAAUGUUGAAGCAAUCAUGCAAUCCAAUAACGGGCAGGUCCAGACCAUUAAACAAGGAUAUCUCUUAAAACGAUCUUCAAGUUCAAGAGGAGAUUGGAAGAGGAGGUUCUUUGUGCUUGACAGCCAAGGGGCUUUAUGUUAUUACAGAACUAAGGCUACCAAACCUGUGGGCUUUCAAUCAUACCAUAGCUCAGUUGACCAUAAUAGUGGUGUGUUUGGUAGAUUCCGUUCACGGCACAAUCGGCCAGCAUCAUUUGAUAAAGAGAUUCUGAGCUCCCGUACAAUUGAUCUCUGCACAUCAACUAUAAAGAUGGAUGCAGAGGACAUGGAUCUACGUCUCUGCUUCAGAAUAAUUUCUCCGUCAAAAACUUACACAUUGCAGGCCGAGAAUGAGGCAGAUAGGAUGGACUGGAUAAACAAAAUCACAGGAGCUAUUGCAUCUCUUUUGAAUUCUCAUUUUCUUCAACAGCCGCACCCUGGAACAAGACACAUUGAGAAUAAUAACUCUGAGAGUCAUGCUUCUUUUGAUGUCCGAUCCCUAGAUAGCCAUGAAAUCUUAGAUGACGACGUAAAAUUCAACAAUGCAGAUCCUGUGUUUAAAAUUCUCCGAGGAAUUCCUGGAAAUGAUAUUUGUGCAGAGUGCAGCACUCCUGAACCAGAUUGGGCAUCUCUCAAUCUUGGCCUAUUGCUUUGCAUUGAAUGUUCUGGUGUUCAUCGGAAUCUUGGCGUUCAUAUCUCAAAGGUGAGAUCUCUCAUGUUAGAUGUCAAGGUUUGGGAACCUACUGUCUUGGACUUAUUCCGGAACUUGGGUAAUUCUUUUUGUAACUCUGUGUGGGAGGGAUUGCUUCUACUUGAGAACGAAAGGACAAAUGAAUCAAGUGCUAUUAUCACAUCAGUUACAAAGCCGUGCCCCAAGGAUGACAUUUACCAUAGGGAAAAAUAUAUUCAAGCGAAGUAUGUAGAGAAAUUGCUAGUCAUCAGAGAAGUAACUGCAUCUGGGAUUCCUUCCCAUGCUACAAACAUCUGGCAUGCCGUUAAGAAUAAUAACUUGCGAGAAGUAUAUCGCCUUAUUGUGAUGUCUGAGAGAAAUAUUAUCAACACUACCUUUGAUGAUGUGGUUGGUGUCGAUUUAUAUCAUCAUGUUGAUGCACAAGACUUGGACACAAUGGAAAGGAAACAGUAUGAUCCAGCAGUCUGUGACAGAAUCAAGGACUCCAAAGAGCCAGGGAACUGCCUCCAAGGUUGUUCCUUAUUGCAUCUGGCAUGUGACAGUGGUAAACCAUUGAUGCUUGAGUUGUUGCUGCAAUUUGGAGCUUAUAUAAAUAUGUGCGACUUCCAUGGAAGGACUCCUUUGCACCACUGCAUCUCCAGGGGGAACAAUCCACUGGCAAAGUUUCUACUUAGAAGAGGUGCACGUCCAUCAAUUAAAGAUGGCGGGGGGCUUAGCGCGCUGGAAAGAGCAAUGGAGAUGGGAGCAAUAACUGAUGACGAGCUAUUUAUAUUGCUUUCGGAAUGUGAAUAAAACUAACUUGUUCACCUCCAAUAAGCUUGCUUCAUUUGUUGUUUUGAACCCCCUAUUGUCUGUAAUCAUGAAUAAACCCUGAUACUUUUCAUUUGUUUCAAUCAGAGCAAUCCCAAGUUUGUUAUUCAUAAUUUAUUUGGGGAUGUAUCAUUUUCCCUCAAUUAUGGCGACCAGUUGAAUACAAUGGAAGCAAAAGUUCAAAGUUACUUGGCUAAUCACAUGGGCAUGAAUACAAAAUA